AUGUCAUCCUCAUCCAGUAAUUGCUACACUUCUUUGCUGGCAUCCAAAGACAGCUCGAUCAACCAACCCUCGCCAAGUGCUGUGGAGUCGGCUAAACUUUCACCAGUUCGCCUUUACUGCAAGCGUCCCGGCGAUCAAAUACUAGCCUCCCAGAUAUCUUUACAAUUUCCUAAAGGACUUGACUAUACAUCCGAGAAGUCAUCGUUUUCGUUUGUGCGUGACUCUGCACCACUCACUUUCCAUUCUCAACACGAGUUGAAUGUACUCACCACCACUGUGACGACAAUGGUGGACCCGGGAGUCACUGAAAAACGAAUUCCAGAAACGCCAGUCAAGCUCUCAGCUACACGUGAACUUCAAGAAGAAACCGGAGAAAACUCCCACAAGUUAUAUGUUCUCGGCUCAUCGAAAGAAAACGUAAGGACCUCGAAAUAUGACUCGCCAUCAGACCUCGCGUUUUCCCGCAAGCCCGAUGACGAACUGAUAGAGGAACCCGAAUUUAUCCUUUAG